AUGAAGAUCGUCGAGAAAAUACACGCAGCCGCAGCUGAUCCAAACAGGGUGGUGUUCUCGUUUGAGUUCUUCCCGCCUAAGACUGAGGAUGGGGUGGACAAUUUGUUUGAGAGGAUGGACCGGAUGGUGUCGCACAAUCCCUCAUUUUGUGACAUCACCUGGGGUGCUGGUGGAACAACUGCUGAUCUAACAUUGGAAAUUGCUAACAGGAUGCAGAACAUUGUCUGUGUGGAGACCAUGAUGCACCUCACCUGCACUAACAUGCCUGUCGAGAAGAUUGACCAUGCUCUCCACACCAUCAAGUCCAAUGGCCUUCAAAAUGUGCUUGCUCUUCGAGGUGACCCCCCUCAUGGCCAGGACAAAUUUGUGCAGGUUGAAGGCGGCUUUGCCUGCGCACGCGACCUGGUGAAACAUAUCAGAGCUAAAUAUGGUGACUAUUUUGGCAUUACAGUUGCUGGUUAUCCAGAGGCACAUCCGGAUGUUAUAGGAAGUGAUGGGUUGGCUACAACAGAAGGUUAUCAAAAUGAUCUUGAAUACCUGAAGAGCAAGGUUGACGCUGGAGCAGAUCUGAUUGUCACCCAGUUGUUUUAUGAUACAGAUACAUUCCUUAAAUUUGUAAAUGACUGUCGCCAAAUUGGAAUAACUUGUCCGAUUGUACCUGGAAUUAUGCCAAUUAAUAAUUACAAGGGCUUUCUCCGCAUGACUGGGUUUUGUAAAACAAAGAUACCAGCUGACAUUAUGUCUGCUUUAGAGCUUAUCAAGGACAAUGAAGAAGCUGUCAAGGCUUAUGGAAUUCACUUGGGAACUGAAAUGUGCAGAAAGAUUUUAGCUCAUGGAAUUAAGACAUUGCACCUUUAUACACUAAAUAUGGAGAAAUCAGCAUUAGCAAUACUCAUGAACCUUGGCUUAAUUGAAGAGUCCAAAAUUUCUAGGUCCUUACCUUGGAGACGACCUGCAAAUGUUUUCCGUGUUAAAGAAGAUAUCCGUCCAAUCUUUUGGGCAAAUCGUCCAAAAAGCUACAUAUCAAGGACCAUAGGAUGGGAUCAAUAUCCACAUGGGCGUUGGAGUGAUUCCUGUAACCCAUCAUAUGGUGCAUUAACUGAUUAUCAGUUCAUGCGACCACGAGCACGGGACAAGAAGCUUAUUGAAGAAUGGGCAGUUCCCUUGAAAAGCGUUGAAGAUCUAUAUGAGAGAUUUAGAAUGUAUUGCAUUGGAAAGUUGAGAAGCAAUCCUUGGUCAGAACUAGAUGGUCUUCAGCCAGAGACAAAAAUCAUCAAUGAGCAGCUGGAGAGGAUUAACACUAAGGGCUUCCUCACCAUUAAUAGCCAGCCAGCUGUCAAUGGGGAAAAGUCAGAUUCUCCAACUGUAGGCUGGGGUGGACCUGGUGGGUAUGUUUAUCAGAAGGCAUACGUAGAGUUCUUCUGCUCCAAGGAGAAGCUGGAUGCACUUGUGGACAAAUGCAAGGAUCGAACCUCUUUAACUUAUAUGGCUGUGAAUAAAGACGGGAGCUGGAAAUCUAAUGUGGGUCAAACUGAUGUUAAUGCUGUGACAUGGGGUGUCUUUCCAGCUAAGGAGAUAGUACAACCAACCAUUGUAGAUCCUGUCAGCUUCAAUGUGUGGAAGGAUGAGGCAUUUGAAAUUUGGUCAAGAGGAUGGGCCAGCUUGUACCCUGAGGGUGAUGCAUCCAGGAAAUUGGUUGAAGAGGUGGGUGGAAGCUACUUCUUGGUCAGUUUGGUCGACAACGAUUACAUCAAUGGUGAUCUUUUUGCUGCCUUUGCAGAUUUCUGA